GGUAAGGAUUAUGUAGUAUUAAAGAUUUUGACCUGCAUUUUUUUUCUAUCAUCGUUCGGUCCAGUUCUUAUAACGAGUCUCGGCAGACGCUAAAAUACGCCCAUACAUAGUGAGAUAUUCAGAAGGCCAAGAGCCAAGCGCCCGGGAGACACCCAAAAGAACUUUGACCGAAAUUUCAGCCCACCCCCUUCCUCGACUUCAUCGGUUGCGGCGUCGGUCCAUGAUCAAGUUAAUGACCUUCCUUCCCAGCUGCUCCCAUCCUGGAAAACCACGUUGCAUGCAUGCGACUUCGCAUUGGCUAUGCGGCCUGACGACGGGUUUGCACGCUGCCCUGGACAUUCAUGGAGGUUUGCUGGCUCAAUGGGUGGCAAUUCCAUCAUAUACGCCUUCAGAAUGAUGUAACUGGCCCUAUCUGGUUUUGAUCAUGGCUCUGAUCGGCCCAGCUGUGGCUAGGGAUAUCUGGAGCUGAAAUAAUAGUAUGUAAUAUAUAACAUGUCCCCCCCUCUCCAGAGUUACAACCCGUACCCCUUAGCAGCUUCAGCUCCAGGGAACUUUACUUGCCCUACUCGUGAUAUUUCUUUUAUAUUGCCAGGCAAGAUGGCGUUAGCUCAAUAUGAUUAUCUUUUUGCUAUAGGCUUAAUAUUUGCCUUCCUUGAUGCUUGGAAUAUCGGAGCUAAUGAUGUUGCCAACUCGUGGGCGACUUCGGUCGCUUCUCGCUCAUUAACCCUUUUUCAGGCCAUGAUAGGAGCCAGUAUCAUGGAAUUUGCAGGAUCCCUCGGUGUUGGAGCCCGUGUCGCUGAUACUAUCCGAACCAAAAUCGUUAGCCCCAACCUAUAUAAUGACUCGCCCGAAGUGCUCCUACUCGGGAUGGUUUGUGCCGUUAUUGCUUCCUCUGUCUGGCUUACUUUGGCCACUAGGAUAGGUCUCCCUGUGUCUACUACCCACUCUCUUAUGGGAGGUGUCAUCGGGAUGGGAAUCGCAUCUGUGGGAGUCAGCAAUGUCACAUGGGUCGCACCAGCUGGUACUAGGGGUACGGAGGUGAUCAACACUGGUGUGGUCUCAGUCUUCCUUGCCUGGAUCAUUGCUCCCGGACUCUCGGCAAUCUUCGCUUCCAUCAUAUUUCUCAUCACUAAAUACGGAGUCAUGUUGCGCAAGAAUCCCGUCAUGAAGGCUUUUGCCCUAGUCCCCGUCUAUUUCGGGUUUACCGCGUCGCUUUUGGUCAUGCUUCUGCUCUGGAAAGGCGGUGGGUAUACCAUUAACUUGAACGAUAAUGAACUUGCUGCUGUCAUUGUCUGUUGCGGUAUUGGCUGGGCUGUUAUUGUUGCGAUAUUCCUUAUGCCCUGGUUGUGGCGCGUGGUCGUCAAGGAGGACUGGGAACUUCGAUGGUACCACAUUGCGCUUGGUCCUCUUCUUUUGAGGCGAGGCGAUGUCCCACCGCCCCCAUCAAACUUUCAAGGUGCUAUUCGUAACUUCUACGAGGGCCAUCUCACGAAGGAAGAGCUUGAAGCCAAACGUGCGGCUGCCCUAGCUCGAAACGACGUCGAGGCCUCUGGCACUAAAGAGACUGCCAAUGAAGCCAACAUUGCAGAGGCUAUCGUCAAGUCUUCGAAGCACUCCGACUCCAGCUCAGAAGAGCUUGCUAACGUUCCGGAGAAGAAGUCGCUAGUCGGCCCUAAGCCUGAGGGCCUCUCUUGGCAUUCCGGCCAGAUGCUAUUUUGGUAUCUUAAGAAAGGAUUGUUCAAUGGUGUUGAUCAAGAUGUUGUCAACAUGCAGAGAAAGAAGGGUGUAUUGUCUGGGGACCUCGAGGAAAAACACGCCCGGGCAGCUCACUACGACAACAAAGCCGAGUUCAUGUAUUCGUUCUUACAAAUCAUGACCGCUUGCACAGCUUCUUUUACGCAUGGUGCCAAUGACGUUUCGAAUGCCAUCGGACCUUUUACAACAAUCUAUCAGAUCUGGCAACAGGGACAAGUUCCUAAGAACCCUGAAGUGCCCCUUUGGAUUCUGGCUUUCGGCGGUGUCGCCAUUGUCAUUGGUCUCUGGACUUAUGGGUAUCACAUCAUGGCUAACCUUGGCAAUCGGCUGACGUUGAACUCACCCUCUCGAGGUUUCUCUAUGGAAUUGGGAAGCGCUGUUACUAUUAUCCUCGCUACUCGGCUUAAGCUUCCGGUAUCGACUACGCAGUGCAUUACGGGCGCCAUCGUCGGCGUUGGUCUCUGCAAUGGCGACUGGCGGGCGCUUAACUGGCGAAUGAUCGCUUGGAUCUACGGAGGUUGGAUCUUGACUUUGCCCUGCGCGGGUAUCAUCUCUGGGUGCCUUAUGGGGUUCGUCCUGAAUGCGCCUCACUGGCGCUGAGGAUAUCGAUGCUGAAUAGAGAUAUUUAUGAAGACAAUUCCGCACAAGAGCAUUAUAAUUACCGAAAAAGUCCUACGAGGAAACUAUUCCAAGGGUAAUGAGUAGUGAGGUCUUUUUGUUGACAGUGAUAUAUAGGUGUAGGUACCUAUAAUAUGCCCUUUCGUCUUAGUUAUGUCGCGUUUUAUUUCUGCAGUCUGAUAUUGUCCGAAUUAUUUUCACUUUAGAC